AUGCAUAAGUCAAAUUCUAAUAAAUGUAAAUCAAUAAGUUCAUCAUCUUCCACUUCUUCUUCUGUACGUUGGUUAAUUCCAAUUAAAGGUAUACCUGAAAUGAAAUCCUUAUCAUAUCCAUCAUUGAAUGAAUUCAAUACAUCACCAAUUAUUAUUCAUGGAACUGUACGAUCCAAAUCAUAUUUUAUUAUAACAUUACGUUUAUUCAAUACAUUAAUACAUACAGAAACUAAUUUAUCAUUUGAUGAAAAUAUCAAAGAUAUUGAAGUACGUGUUAUACAAUCAGAAGAAGAUAAAAAAUUAUUUAAUGAGAAAAUGUUUAAUAAUAAACUUAAUGAAUCAUCAUCAUUAUUAUUAUUACAUAAUCAUUCGACAAUAUUGGAUCAAAUAAAAAUGAAUAAUUUAGAAUGGAUCAUAAAACCAAUUAUAAAUAAUGAAGAUCAAAAAUUAAUGAAAUUAAUUAAUUUAGAAAAAAUUUUAAUUGAAUCAUUAUUUAUUAAAUUAUUUCAAAUAAAAAAUUAUGAUCAUUUAAAAAUGACAGAAAUUCAAUUAGGUAUGAUAUUUUCACCUGUCAUUUCAUUUAAGUGCAGCGCAGAUUUAAUGAUAAGAACGUCUCUAGGAGGAAUUUGGAAAUUUGGACUUGUUUUUAAAUCAAAAGAUCCUCCAAUUGAUGAUACAAUUUAUAUUCCGCAUAAAGGUGUUGGUCGUCCAGUUAAAGUUCAGUUAGAUUUAACUAGUCAAACUGAUGAACCCUUAAAAUUCAUCGCACGUUUAUACCCUAAAAAUCAAACGGAGUACACGAUUGAACCGGAAGAAGGUAUUUUACCACCAAUGAAUAAAGAUAAUGAAGCCAAUAUAAAAAAUUCACCUCUGAUUAUAACAUUCAAACCGAAUUCAUAUGGAAAACCAAUAAUUGCUCAAUUAAUAAUACAGGUAAGUUAA